AUGGGUUGCGGAGGUAGCAAGGCAAAUGAGGCCAGGGAGGGCGGGGGCACGGACACCUUCAUCAACGGCAAGCCUAGCGAGGAAUUCCCGUAUGACGAGCUUAGGAAGUGCACGGAGCGUGACAAUGGCCUCCUCUUCCGCCUCACCAACUCACAGACCAAACAGUGGGCGUUCUACAACGACUCCAAGGUCUUCGAGUUCCACGUGACGGUGACCUUCUCUACCCGGUGCCGUGUGGAGGCGCUCGGCAGCACAAGCCUCGUGACGGACCCGAACGACAACCGGGCUGUGGCAAAUGUGAUUGUGGGACCGUGCAUGACGGAACCCUUCGUGCAAGGUGAUGUUGACGGCUUCGACGCGGAGUACCAGGCAGUGAUGCUGACGCCGGAGCUCAAGGAGAAGAUAAAGGCAGCAAAGAAGGCCGCAAAGAAGGCCAGCAAGGCUCAGACUGACGAUGACCUUGAAGGCCAGCGUGAGUAA